AUGCCUCCAGUGCCAGUGUACGUGAAGGGCGGUGCUUGGUCCAACCUAGAGGACCAGAUUCUCACAGCAGCGGUGCAAAAGUAUGGCCCACAUCAAUGGAGCAAGAUUGCUUCACUGCUGCAGAAGAAGUCCGCACGGCAGUGUGAUAUUCGGUGGAACGAGUACCUCAAGCCGUCUUUGAAUCUGUCCGAGUUCUCCAGGGCUGAGGAUCGCAUGCUGUUGGACUUGGCGAGGCGAUUGCCCAACCAGUGGAGAACUAUAGCCGAGAAGCUCGGUAGGACUGCACAGUCUUCUAUUGAAAGAUACAAUGCAUUGAUGGCGGAGCCGCAGGAUCUGGGCCCAGAAGGUGCGCUUAACAGAGUGCAGGCGACACCGUUGGACUUCAAAGUUGGGGACUUGAACCCGGUGGCAGAUACCCAGGCGGCCAUACCGGACAAAGAUGAUUUGGACGACGACGAGAGAGCGAUGCUGGCGGAGGCGAAGGCGCGGCUGCUGAGCACACAGGGGAAGAAGGCCACGCGGAAGGUCAAGGAGAGGUUGUUGGAAGAGUCGAAGCAGAUUGCGAAGUUGCAGCAUGAUCGAGAGUUGAAGCAGGCUGGUAGGGCGGCCAAGAUAAAGCAGGGCAAGAAGAAGCGGUACGCGACAGAGAUAGACUACAAUGCAGACAUACCGUACCAGCAGAACCCUUUACCAGGUAUAUAUGACAUAAGAGAGGAAACUGAGAGAACCUUGCGGGAACUGGCUAAAUUUGAGAGUAAUGUAGAUAAAAGAGGACUGAAGGAGAAGGCUUCAUAUAAGGAGUCACCGGACAGGGCAGCCAAACCCAGGAAGGACACUAAGGGUACGGAUGAUGCGAAACCGCCGUUGUCGACUAGUGAAUUAAAACCAACACUACCACCAACGUUGGUUUUAUCUCCACCAGGCGGCCACAAAGGCAAUGGACCAGGCGAUGAGCAAAGUAUAACGCUUUAUAGACAGCAGAUCAUACAGAAUCAGUCCCUCGGUUCCGUACUGAACAAGUCAGAUGAUGUAGCGGCGGGAGACACAACUACGGUACCCUUUGCAGUAGAACUCGAUACGAGACGCAAGCAUGACGAGUUUGCUACGAUGGUUAGGAAACGACAGAUUGCCCAACUGUUCGAGAUGCUCCCCCCCCCAUUAAACGAUUUUGAGAUCGAGUUAGAAAGCGACGACUCUGGCGAGGAACAGGAGAGUGAGGACGAUGACGGCAAUAAUAAUACCUCGGAUGAGAGGCGACAGGAGGUCACUGCGCCUCUUACAACGCGCGCCAUCUUAGCACUCCCCUGUCUCCUCCACGAGGGUCUCCCUGCCCCGCCGGCCAUCGAACGUCCCCUGAACGAGUACGACAGGACCUACAACGAGUUACUCCUUACAUCCUUAGAACAGAACGAUUACGAGGUGGACACCAAGUUACUCGCAUAUUUCGACACAGUGGAACAAAGAAUACGAAGUUUGAACGGAUCAAGUAACCCAGAGGAGCAUCAGCAGCGUCUCCUGGGACCCCUACACACUACCACUGCAACGACACGAGAACAGCUCGUGUCCUCGAUCCGUGCGAAACAAAAGAAUAUUGCUGAGUUACAGGCAGAGUUAAACUACGUCACGCCACUGAUACAACAGAACAAGGCACUAUCGCAACAACUAUGUGGGGACCUACUCCCACACUGGCGGAAACUCCGCCAGGAGUACUCCGUUCAGUAUCGCCUCUACAUGCAAGAAACCCGAGGCCGAAAGAAGCCAAGGACGAACUAA